AAUGCUUCCUUAGUCUUCUCGGUCCGUUGCGUUUUUGCAAAUCGUGUAAGUUAUCAGAAUGUCCCGUUACGAUCCGACGACGCGUACCUGGCACGGUUCGAAGCAGCCUCCGGUUCUGAAUCCGGCGGCCAGCAUCGGUCAAGUCAUAGUGAACAUCCUCGAGCGAACACCGAACAACCUGAUCCAGAUCGAUGCCGUCACCGGAGAAGAGUACACCUGCGACAAGCUUCGAAUCCAGAUGAUCCGAACUGCGCUGAAUCUCACCCAGGUGUUCAAAAUCUCCAAGGGUGACAUGGUCUGCAUGGUGCUGGACAAUCGAUCCUGCGUGAUGCCCCUCCUCUUCGGGUGUUUUCUCGUCGGAGCACCUGUUCACACACUGGACUCAUCGUUCGAGGAAUCGGACCUGACCCACCUGAUAGGUAUCACCAAGCCAAAACUAGUGUUCUGCACUGAGCACAAUCAGUCCACUGUUCAAAAUGCCAUUAAACUGAUCCACUUGGAAGCCCAGGUGGUGGUUCUUGACGGAUCGGAGAAUCACAAACGGAUCUUCGCUCCUCACGAUGCGGAAAAACUCUACCGUCCGCCGUACCUCGGCGAUUCGAAUCAAACGACCGCCGUCGUAGUGUGCUCUUCGGGAACCACCGGUCUACCGAAGGCCGUUUGCGUAACUCACUCCCAGCUAAUCGCCCCGUAUUCCAUGAUCAGUCACAUGGAACCCAGCACGGUACUGUGCUUCAGCUCCCUGUACUGGAUUUCCGCCUUCCAGAUGCUGCUGCUAACCGUAUUCAACGGGUUCAAACGAGUCAUCACGACGCGAGCUUUUAGCCCGGCCUACGCCUGCGAACUGGUCAAGAAAUACGAAGUGACCAAUGCAUUUGUUCCACCACCGAUGCUAGCGGAAAUUGUGGAGUACUGUGAGGUGCGACAGAUGAAGUUGCCAACGCUGAAAAUGGUCGGUGUUGGAGGUAGUGCGCUGCCGGAUUCGCUGAGAAAGCGAGCCAAUGCUUUGAGUCCCAAUGGACGGGUAUUCGUGGGAUAUGCUAUGAGCGAGACUGGUGGAAUUAUGUCGCUGGAUUUGCUGCAGAAACCUAACUCGGUUGGCAUUCUGAUGCCGAAUGUUAGCAUGCGGAUUGCGGCCGAUGACGGCAUCCUGCUCGGUCCGGACGAGGAAGGCGAAAUUCAAAUCCGGUACAUCCACCCAUUCGUCGGCUACUACGGCAACGAUGAGGCCACCCAAGCGCUACUCACCCCGGACAGCUUCAUCAAAACCGGCGACAUUGGCUACUUCGACCAGGCCGGAUUCCUGUUCAUCACCGACCGCAAGAAGGAGAUGAUCCGCUACCGGGGCUACCAGAUUGCACCGGCCCAGCUAGAAGCGCUGCUCAUGGAGAUGCCCGGUAUUGUACAGGCCGUGGUGGUGGCCACUCCGGACAAGAAGCCACCACAUGACGAACUACCGACGGCACUGGUGGUAAGGGGUAGCGAUGAAACCAAAACGGUUAGCAAGCAGGACAUUUUGGAGUACGUUCACGGGAAGGUUCCGGACUACAAGCAGCUUCGGGGCGGUGUGUUCUUCGUGAAGUCUCUGCCCAAAACUGCCAAUGGGAAGAUCAACCGGAAAGAGGCGAAAAAGAUGGUGCCGGUUUAGGAGGGCUUUCACAAUCGUUCAAAAUGCUGAAUUGGACGCGACCGAGCAUGCUUCAGCAGAUUUCGUUUUUCAUUUUGCUAUAUUUUUGUUAAAUUUUCUCCUGUCAUGUGUUUUACAGAAAUUAAGUUUGUAAUUUUCUAGUGUUGUUUUUCAAUUGAUUUGAUUUUCUAUUCUACUAUUUCCUAUGAGUCUAUCAGUUUGUUUUGUUCCAUUAGUUCCCUCCGCAAACUUAACAAACAUUUUGGAACAUUUUUGCAAUCAAAUAUGUUUCAUUUUCUUCGAAGAGAGAUUAGCGCGAAAAAGUUUGUGCAAAAACUGACCAUCUAACGCUAUGACAUAGUAUCUGCUACCAGGUUGCUUUAGGAAACGCAAAAUUAAACGUAUAAAUUAUAAAUAAUGAUGUUAGCUGUAUCUGCGUAAAAGAUAGAAGAUAAAUAAAACCACAGCAUUUUGUGUGUAAAUAAGUUUGGAGCAAAAAUAAAUCAAACAAAAUAAUAAUAUUUUACCCCGCAUAUAACCUAAAAUAACGAACGCUACCCUAUUGUUCUAUGAAUUCGCCACUCAGAGGGGAUAGGGAAAGCUUCAUUUCACACAGUCAUCGUUCU